CAUAAAUACAUGAAGAGGAAAAUUAUUCAUAAAAAAAGUGUUAUUGGAAGAAUGAGUGAAUCGAUGUUAAUGGUAUAGACGGGAAAGUUCGGAAAGUUGAAGAAUAAGUGUGGAUGGACAUUGAUGAGCCAGAAGAUGUCUUCGGCGACAGAAACAACAUUCUGUGACAAGUGGAAUGAGAUGGAAAACAAUUUAAUUAAGUUACGCCUCAAUAAGCCUGAAGCAUGGAAUUGGCAAUUGACCACGUCCAAGUCAUCUCCGAAUAUUGCAUUUCCACGGAUACAGCUUUAUGAUAAGAAAGGUGACUUACUGGUGGAGACAAAUGAAGCUGAUUGCAUUGUUGGGAGUAAAUGUCGCAAUAGCAAGUCUCCAUCGUCGAGGGAAAAGGCACGUCGCGAUAGUGUUAAAUUUAAGUCGACUUUUCCGGAAGUUAUUGCAGAAUCCAAAUUGGAAGACUCAACGAGUGAUGUACAGUCUCAUCAGUCUGGCACAUUUAACGAACUAGUGCAUUGUGAUUCCUUGAAAAUAUCCCAUGUGCGAUCCAAAAGUCUCAAAGAGGGUAAACAACAGCAAAAGAAUAGACAAGAUUUCGAUGGGGCGACAAAGGAUAUUCUCAAUUCCUUUGUAAAUCAAUUGGAACGCGAUGGCAUCAAUUACAGGAUCAGACGACGAAACAGCUACGAUGUGAAUACAAAGUUGACAAAUCAGGCAUACGGGAAAUCAAUAAGUUGUACCGAUUUAGAGCAAUCGGAAAUUGCGGCAAAUUGUUAUGUGCCAGAUGGUGUAUCGAACAUAUCACAAGAUAUACCGGAAAAGAUGAAUUAUGCUGUAGUAAAAAGUAAGAGUGCCGUAACUAUCGAUGGCAAAGGAUCUAGUAGGGAGAAGAAGAGGUAUCGUCGGACAAAUAGUACAAACUCCUUGAGAUUCUCCAAAUCAAUCCUUGAGAGAAUUAGUGAAUUUAAGAGGCAGUCCUCGUCAGACAGCCAAGAAUUCAAUGAGGACGUGGAAAAGGAAGUGGAACAAGAAGAAAAUGGGGCGAUAGAUAAGCCAAAAUAUUUUCUUCGUACCAGCAAGGCGGGAACACUUUUGGUGUGUGAAGAGAGCUUUCGCAAUAGACGUGUCCGUCGACGUGCCAGGAGUUCGAGCAAGAGCCGAGAUUUGGGCUGUGGUGACUCCACAAUGACUGAACCGAAUAAGCGGUAUAGCCAAGAGAAAAUCACUCACACCUUCGAAUAUGUAGGUCUUAAUGAGAAGACAAAAGUUUCCCCUGGCCCGGAAAUGAAUUCUAAAGGCAGAUAUGAACGAGAGAUAGCAAAUAUUGAGGGGCUAAUUGAAAAAGUAGUCGCCAAGGAGAUGGGGUGUAACCUGGAGAUGGAAAUCUGCGAACAGGAAAAUGCCAUUAAUGGAUGUGAAAAUCAGCGGGUGGAAGGACAAUUGGAUUAUGGAGAUAUGGACACAAUGCGAAGGAGACGCAGUCGUUCCAGGCGAAAAACUGCAAAAGAUGAUAAAUUGUGCCAAGAACGAAAUGGAAAUCGACAGAGAAUACAUCGAAGUGUCAGUGCUGAUCGGACAAACUAUCCCAGCAGUGUCUAUCUCCAGCAUCAGGAGGAUUCCUCAUCAUCCGGCGAGGACAAUGACAGAGAUGAAUUGCCAAGGAGAAACCGUCGAUCCCGCAGGAAAUACACAAAGGACGAUGUUAGCAGCAGUAGAAGUGGGGAUCAACUAGUAGCACUUAACACGCCAGCUAUUGCAGGAAAGGAUCCGAAUUCAUCAUGCCUGAUUAAUGAUCCAUCAGAUCAGGUAUUUUUACGCCUUGUCCGACGUCUAGCAUCACUGCAGCACCCUCAGAAUUCUGCGGAAUUAAAUCAGCAGAAGUUAGACAGCUCUUCGCAACGAUAUCCAAUUGCCGAUACGAGCUCAAAUGCAGGAGAAAAGUCCAUAUCAAAAACAUUAAUCAGUGAUAGUGGGGUGAAAUGUGUGAGGUUUCCACGGGAACUAAACAAUAAUAGCAGUGACAAAAGUGAUCGUUAUUGUUAUGGUGAGGAAAAUGCCACUAAAAGUGUGGCAAUUGAGGAGGGAGAGCACGCUGUUAGAUUAAUUAAUUGUUCAGGUGAUAUUGAUGAAAACAGUGAUUUAAUUGAGGUGGAAAAUAAAUCCAGGAGUUACGGAGAGACAUUAAAGCAGGAUCUUCAUACUAUGGGAUCCAAUGCUUCCCGACAUUCCGGGAAAGGAUUAUCUGGCAGACGGAGUCAGUCUUCAGGUAAUUUGUGUAAUGGAAAGCACCAAACCCCAAAUGGCAGUCAAUAUCCAAACAAAAGUGGUCGCAAAGUUGAUCUUCGUGAGGGAGUUGGAGCACAAAAUCCCACUGUCACCACAAAUCAACGUUCUGAGGACAAUUCUUCCAGAAUAAAUUCAACAUCAACAUUGCGAAGUGAGGUAUACAAUGCAAGGAAUGAUGAAAAUGCAGACGAUAGUGCAGAAAUUGGAAAAAUAAUUGGUGUUAGCAUAAAGGAUCGUAACAAAUUCUGUGGUUCCCUACCAAACCAUUUGGAUGUGGAUGAUAUUGAAGCGGAUACAAAUUUUCCUAAUGUACAAAAUAAAUACGAAGUAACAUCAGCAGGAGUGUUCCAGUAUACAUCAGAAAAUAAUGGCACUAAUGGUACAAUAGACCGAGCGGAAUACGUGACUGUUGCCCCAAGAAAGCAACCAUUCCAGACACAGCAAAAUUCACAGACCGAUCAACAAUAUCCGGGAAAACAAAGCUCUCCCUACAACAGUAGCAGUGGAAAGGGAUCCAUCACUUCCUCGAGCAACCUAGGUGGUAGCACAUUCAAAGGCAAUCUCGACAAUAAGUUGGAAUUGCAGUUGAAAAUGCCGCCAAAUCGUGUAAAUUUUGAUCCCAGCUGUGACCAAGGAUACGGAAGUGAACGUUCGCCCGAGGACGAAAUGCCUCCACCUCUUCUUACUGGCUUGGAAGAGGAACACUGUGAAAUGGCCAGAAUGUCUAGUCAGGUGACCUACUGGUGUGAGGCAGGUGAUUUCAAAUACAACCAUCUGGGAUAUGAUUUUAUUACCAAAGACUGUACCUUUGUGGUCCACAUAACCAAGGGACCGCGUGGUUUAGGCCUCUCAAUUUCGGGUGGGAUAGAAUCCAAUACAGCCUUCCCAGGACUAAUCCGCAUCAAAAGACUGUUUCCACAUCAAGCAGCUUGGGCUACUGGUAUGCUCCUGCCGGGUGACAUUCUUCUGGAAGCGAAUGGAACUCCGCUCACGGGCUUAACCAAUUACGAAGCCCUAGAAGUACUGCGAACUACACCGAACAAUAUAUUGCUAAUUGUGUGUCGCCCCAACGACGAGCAGUACCGUAAAUUGUCUCCACCGUCAGAACCACCCAAGCCACCCCAGAGAACCAAUCUCCAUCCAGCCGCUAGUCAGCUCUUCUGCGAGCCACUGUCACCACUUCAAACUAAUUUUAAUGGGGAAUUUGAAAUAAUUUUGGUGAAACAGCAGGGCUCUCUGGGAUUCACCUUAAGAAAGGAGGACGAAUCUGUCUUAGGGCAUUACGUAAGAGCCCUUGUCCGUGAGCCUGCCACCACAGACGGUCGAAUAAAGCCUGGAGAUAAAAUAAUGGCGGUUAACGAUGUCCCACUGUCGCACAUGACACACGAAGAGGCUGUGAUUUUCCUGAGGCAAGCUGCAGAGACUGUAAAACUUCGCCUGUACCGUGAUGUUGCCCAAACUCCUGUAGCUGCCUUAUCGCCCACGAAUCCUGAGAAUAAAGACAUUUCAAAUUCAUUAAAAACGAAAGUUUAUUUAAGCCACCUCCUGGGAAAGAAUAAGGGACCUGUUAAGAUGACGUCUAGCUUGCCUGAGAUAUCUCAAAAAGUUGUAUUUGCAGAAGCCAUCAAUUUGCUAAGUGACUUGGCGCACAGGAAACAGACACCUUGCGGCGGUGAUUCGAGUGGAUCAUCCAUGAAAUCGACUGCCACGUCACCACGACGCCUCAGACGAUGUGCUAAAAGUAGUUUAUCUGGGUCCCAGACACAAAGUGACUGCGGCUCAGCACAUUAUGUUGUGUGCAGUCAACCGACAUCGUCAUCUGUUUAUUCAGAUUCCGAAGCAUCUACCCUAAGUCAAGCAUCUUUAGUCAAUGUCACGCGCUGUGCAUCAGGAUGUUGUUCUAGUGAGACGUACACAAUCCGCGAGGGAGAUUCAGAAUCAGAAGCUGAGGGGCGUUCUGUGAAUAUGGAUUCUGGGGAACGUCAAGUGGUCAAUAGGCCAAAUUUUUUGAAUCUGGGAGCUGCCUGCCAAGGAGGAAAUACGCCUGUUGUAUCACGCAAGCCAAUGUUUCAAUUUACUGUUCCAUCCAAUGCAUAUGAACUGAAUAAUCUGGACAAUGAGGUGUUGGAUGCACCAAUUUAUCACCAAAGCGGAACGUCUUCCAGAGGCAAUCCACAAGCGGAUGCUAGUCAAGACUUUACGAGUUUACCGUGUGAAACAUUUCUAGUAGCAUGUAAGACUGAAAGUGACCUUAGAGAAAUUGUGGAGACGAAUUUCAAUCAUCGAAAUCCCAUUUACCAAUCCGCACAAGUGCAGAUGAAUAGAGACGAGGUAGCUUCGUCCUCUGAGAACACUGACGAUGGCAUCAAACAAGAAGGAACGAAAAGUUUGCUGAAAUGGAAGGGUGUAAUGUUUUCCCCGGAAGGAGAGGACAAGCAGAAGGAAGUGCCCGAGGCGGACGCAAAAAAUGGCUCCAUAGUGGCAUCUAAUCCCACUGAUCGUGAAAAUCUACUCAAAAGUCUCAAUAUAGAAGGAUACAAGAUGAUCACAGUUGAAUUACACAGAGGUUGGAAUAGUCGUUUGGGAUUUAGUCUCCAGACAGACGUAGACACCAAAAGAGCCGUCAUCAGUGCAAUUUACAGUGACAGCGUAGCCGCCAAGGAUGGAAGACUCAGGGUUGGGGACCAAAUUCUAAUGGUGAAUGAUGAGCUUCUUAACAGCACACCAACGUCAGAGAUAAUAGACUUAUUGCGAAUUAUCAGAGGAUCUAUUUGCAUAGUCGUAUUGCGGAAGGAGUAGAGUUUAUAGUGGAUGAAUAGUGAAGUGAUUAAAAAUAACAUAAUUCAAUUCAAAUAUUCCGGAAUAAAGUAAUUCUCUUUGGCAUAACAUAAAGUCUAAACAAAAUGAUAUCCGAGAAAACGACUGUUUUUUCUAGAUUUAUUGAACUAAUAAUAGAAUGCAAAUAUUGAGUGAAUAUUGUUUGAUAUACAGCAUUGAUGAAAGGGUGAGUGAAAAUAAAAAAAAAAAUUGUUGUGACAUAUGUGUGACAAUUUUAAAUUAAAAAUCACACCGAAUUUCCAUUUUAAUAUAAAAAAAAUGACACGCUCAGUCAAUUAUUUGAUUUUACUUUUAUUUAUAAUUGUUGAAAUGCACACUAAUUUUUUAUGGGAGAUAAUAAAACCAAUAUGAGUUUUAUUUUACAAUAAUAUUAAUUUCAUGUCGACAUAUUCACCGUUCUUCGUCAUUAAUUCAACAUUCAUCCGCAGGAAAAAAACAUGAACAUGAAAUAAAUAUUGUAAAUGUAAUAACUAUUUAUAAAAAAAUAUUGGCGUGCAAUAGAAAAUUCUGUUUGAUUGUAAAAAUGGAGUGAGAAUAGUGCAGAAGAGAGAGGAUGAUGUUAUAUGUUGUUAAAAUUCUAGAAUUUCUAGAGAUGUUUAAUUAAAAGUUGUAUCUUAGAAUAAGCACAACUUUUUUUAUGUAUAAAAUCAGUUUGCGAUUUAAAUACAUUGAAUAUGAGAAAUUAAA